UCGUAGUUCUUAGGACAACUUUGAACUGUUUUGAUUUUGGCUGCUGUAGUUUUCCUCAGGAUUUUGUUUUGGCGCCAUUCAGUGACGUGACGACGCCGCUCACUCGACGCCAGCUUGCUUUGAGAUAAAUUUACUACGUUACUUUACCAACUUCUGGUGGUGAAAUGAACUGGUUUCACUGUAACAACUGUUUCGUGAGAGAAGGGAAAAAAUUCAUAGUGUCCAGCUGUGGCCAUAUAUUUUGUGAGAACUGCGUAAAUACAAGUCAGUGCCGAGUUUGUCAUGCCAACUGUAACUACCUACAAAUAUCUGAUCAGAUGAAGCCUCAGGAAAAGAUGUUUUUCAGAGAUCCAGAGAAACUCAUUCAGGCUUGUCUGGAACGUAUUUCACAGAUUGCUAUUUUUCAGAAAAGGCAGAAGGAGCGAGUCUUCGCUUUCUUAAGAAGCAGGAAUGUGGAACUGGAACGAAAGCUGAAAGAAGUUCGUGAUGAGUGUCACAGGCAAGUCUCUGCGCUGAAACAAGAGAACGAAGAACUAAAGAAGCCGCUCUCUCAGAGGAGGACUUCUCCAGGGAGGUUUCCGAUUAAUGGAGGAACUCCAAGAAUGAUUCUUCCUGUGGCUGUUACAUCACCAGUCACACCUCGCUCUAGAGUUCUCAGUUCGGGUGACACUUUGGGGAGGUUUAGACAUUCCAGACUGACAACACCCCCAGGGUCGUCCAUCUCUAUGUCAAGCGUAAAUUCAGUACAUGAACAUGGUUUUAGGACACCCAGCUCAGUUCACACUCCGACAAGGUCCCAACAUACAACCCCGAACAACUUUCAGUUCCAGCUUCUGGCUAGACAUACACUCCAGUCUCCACGGCCAUAACCAAUAAGCAUUUGCAGCUAAUACAGGUCAUUAGAAAGCUACUUUAUCACUAAUGUACCUACAUCACCCGACAGAUGAGUGAUAUCCUUUGCAUCAUAUCAGUGGAUAAAAUUAUAUUGGCAUUCUUUCAUUUGAAAAAUAAUUUAAAGGUGGCACAAAUAAAAGCAAUAUAAGACAUAAAUGUUUUUAAUGUACUUUGGCCUUUCACAAAUUUUCUCAUUUGUUGAAUGAGGCUAUUGCUAGAAUUGAAAUGAUACAUAUAGACAAAAUGUAACUUGCUUUCAUUUCCCAGUAGAAUUGGAAUUGCAAUUAAAAGAAAUGCGAAAAUCAAAAACAUCUCAA